AUGCUCCGCGGCGGUGCUGCUGGAGGAAGCUCUGCCACGAAACGUAAGCGCAAUGAGAAAGCAAUACAGAAUGAUGCUCUGACUCGGUUGUGUAACUUGCUUGAGGGUUUUGUUGGCACGUCGCCCCAGAAAAACCUUCAGAAAAAGAAAAAGAAGAAGAAAAAGUCGGCCAUACCCAAUUCGUCUGCUGAAGAGGGACCAAAAUUGGUUGACCAGUUGAAUAAGGUUGUUGAGGGGAUCCGGAAAGACCCGGCUUCCUUGGUUCCGAAGUUGGAAGCUUUCUUGAAGAUUGCCAAAGCAUCGGACCUUGGUCGCCAGGCGAACGGUUCUGGAACUUCUGCAAGGCAGGACAGUUGGGCGGAUGUCGUCAAACAAAAUACGGCUUCUGCUAAAGUCGCUCCUGUGAAACGUGGGUCUCAACCCAUUACUCUGGCUCGCCAUUGUUGGCCUCUUGGUGAAGUCCGUGAUUAUGGGGAAAUUUUGAAAAAACUUGAAGCUGGUGAGAAGCUGGUUGGUUCUGUCGCUUUGGUGCCGUCACUUGAGAAAGCGUUGGAACUUAGGCAGCUUGCUCAAGGACACAAACUCGAGUCGAUUAAGUUUGCUUGUGUGGUGGCUGCUGCUGAUGUGACCGCUUUGCCUGAUGGCGUUUCCUGUGUCACUUUGCCGGUUAGUACCACGCUUGCUGCUGGAAUCUCCUCUACGAAGUUUGUGAAAAUGGCAUGCGUUCUGUUGGGAAGUGAGUCUCCUGUGCUUCCUGUCAGUUUGGUCAAGAAGGUGCAAAAUGCUCCAGUUGCUAAAGAUUUGGCCACUGUGAGAUUCUUUGUUCCUCGUAAAUUCGUUAGUCGCGAGCAAUGGGAUGUGUGGAAUGUCAAGGCCACCUCCAUGAUCCAAGACUGGGUCCAGGUGGAUAAAGCUUGUUCAAUCCACACUUCUUAUGGUUGGUCUCGUACUGAACAGAAAAAUAGAAAUGGAGAAAAAGAAGAGUUUGUGAUUGGCUAUGCCAAAGUUUUGGUUGAAAAGCUUGAUAAGUUGUUGGCGCACAGCGGGCGGUCCGGUGUUUUUCUUGAUCGGUUGGCCAAGGAAAGGGAUAAGAAACAGUUUGUUACCUGGGUGAAUGGUGACACUUCUGAUCCCGUGGCUUACUUGAAGAAUGUGCUGGUUCAAGCCAAGGCUGUGUCUUGUGGCGUUGCUUGGCGUGCUGGUGGAGGGAACUCCUUGGGGGUUAGGUCUUCGCAGGCACCAACCGAGCGUGCUGUUUCUGUGUGGCGUGCUAAAGCUGUGCCAUUCAGUUGGACUGAGAGUGAUCUUUUUGGCGUGCUGCAGGAAGCUGGCUGGACCGAUCUUUCUGUUGUGGCGUACCCUACCAAAAAGGUUCGUCCUUGGUUACUGAAAGCCAAGGCCCCUGCGAAUGUGGAUGGUGGUUUUGCUGGCGUCGAAGCUGGUAGUGUUUUGGUUGUCAUGGAAAGGGCUGUUGCUCGAGGCCCACUUAACCGUGAGUCCAAAAAGUUGAUUGUUCGUCCACGGGUUGGUGUCAAUACUAGUGUCAUCUUGCCAUCACCUGUGUUUGAGGUGGAGGAUGACAAUGUUGCCGCCACUGCUAUGGAGACUCAGGAAGAUGAAAAGGAGGACGAUGCUACCAAUGAGACUGGUGUCAAACGUCCGGGUUCCACUCCUGGGUCUGCUGAGCAUGUGCGGAAAAAUCAGCGUGUUGGUGCUGUUCAACCCCGUAAAUUGGUGUUUCCUGGUUUCACUGUUCGUGAUUGCAGUGCUGAUGGUUCUUGCGGCUAUAACUGCAUAGCUAUUGGAGCUGCGUUGGUUCGUGGUUCUAAGUGGGAAGAGUUGCAUGAGAAGAGAGCCGCUUUGGGUGCGACUUUACGGGUUCAAGUUGCGCAACAUAUCGGCAAACAUGUUACUACCUAUAAACCCCUUUGGACGCCUGAUAUCUCAACUACUACGGUUGAAAAGGAAGAUGGUGAAAUACCGAAGUCUUGGGAAUGUUGGCUCAUGGCUAUUCGGCGGCAUAAACGAUGGAUCUGCGGGCUUACCAUAAAGGCCGCUGCUACGCGGCUGGGCAUUAGGAUUAUCGUGGUGCUUAAACAGGCCGACGGUAGCUGGGCUAUUCCCAUGACUUUCGGCACUAGCAAAAAGAAGGAGGACCCGAUUGUCAUCGGGCUGGAUGAGGGCGCCGGCCAUUACGUUUUGCUGGUGCCUGAUCAUGUUGACAUGAUUCCUAAAUCUUGGAUGACUGCUGGCGUUUGUGAAGUCACUAUGACCAGUCAAGUUGUGUUGCGUGGGGCUGGAAACUCUGAGGAGGAUUUUCCCGACAAAAGUUGGUUGCCUCCUGGCACUCCUGUCAGCAAACGCUCUGGUCAUUCUGCUUGGUUGCCUCCGAGUACUCCGGUAUCCUCUGAGAAUGGCAUCGCUGCCUCGCAUGAGUGGUUGCCGCCAGUUACCCCCAGCCGUGCUGAAACUGGCACUCAAGUCAAAACUAGUGUCUUUGCUGCCCCCUCGGGGGCGAUGAGUGAGCCUGAACAGGCGGUUGCUGGGGGGCAUUUGGCGGAUGUUUCUAACUUGUCUGAUGUUGCUUGCGUGUCUUGGGCGUGUCCUCUGUGUUUCAAGGAGGUUUCUGCGUCUACUGCGUCGUCUUUGAAGCGUAAACGGCUUGUUCAUCUUGCGCUGCAUUAUCAUAAAAAGGUUGAACCUGCGGCUUCCUCGAAUGCGCCUGCCGUCCGUGGUCCUGAGCCUUUGGUUUGGACGUGUCAUUUGUGUGGUGAGCGUUUGGAAGCGGCUACUGGUGUUGCCUUAACAAGUAAGCGUGCCAGUCAUUUGGCUUCCCGCCAUCCUGGGAAGACUAGAGGACAUUGGCAUCGCAAUACUGUGGAUGUUGUGUCUACCUCAGCGGAGCUCCCCAAAGAGCAACAAGCUUGGGUAUGUAUUUGGUGUAAGGAAGCCUUGCCCGACCUUCCACGCUGGCAGUUGGAAAAAUCCAUUGCUAAGCAUCUUAAAAGUCGGCACGGCAGGCGUCAAACGUCUGCUGCGGCUUCCAACAAAGCUCGUGGUAAGUUGUACCGUCAAGAUAAAGCGGCCCUCCCCGCUAUGAAAGAGGGGAAGUUGAGGUUAGGGCGUAAGUUGCGACAGCGUGGUCGUGACCGUCGUGAUUCGACCACUCAAGGUCACGACCUGCAUGAAGUUGUGGAUGUUGAUUGGAAAACUUGGCAUGGUAUCUCUGUGAAAAAACGGUUAGGGGCUGGUGGCGAUACAUUGCUCACCUGCACUAAAUGUCUGUUGGUGACGCGUGCCCAGAACAAAUUUAAUCCUUGUCGCGGUAAUCACAAGGUUACCACUGCGCAAAUGUCUUUGUGGCGCCGGUUGUCACAGACCAAUCGUUUGGCCUUGGUUAAAGUUUGGGGUUUGUCGCUUGAUGCUGCUUGUCAGUUGUUUGAAUCUGCUGCUGCUGGUUGGCGUUCCGCGCCCCAACAGCUUGGGCAUGAUAUUGUUGAAAUCUGUGGUAAAAGGAAGCAUGUUACGUGUCGUAAUUGUUGGUUCAUCAGGCAGUGCCCUGGCAAGCUCACGCAGUGCCUGGGUCGUCCUGGUGCUCCUACCAAAAGGCAAAUGGAUGCUUGGAAAGAUUUGAAGCAUUUGUCUGGUGCGGGUGUGCAGGCCAAUUUUGCCAAUGAGUGGGGUGUCACCCUCAAAGAGGCGGCUGCUUUCUUUGGGCAGAAAGCCGCCAGGGGCAUGAAGCGGCCUGCCUCCAAACACGCUGUUGAAGACACUUGGCAGCAUGACGUUUGUGAGGAUGGCGAUGUUCAUCCGCAUCCUGGUCCCACUUGCAUGGGUUCAUGGAAUCUGGUUUCGCUGAACACGGGUGGCCUGCCGGGUGUUUGGAGAGCGGUUGAAGAGUUCUUGGGGCCCAGGGUUGUUGCUUGUCUUGCGCUUCAAGAGAUUGCUGGUUCUCCUAACCAGCUCAUUGCCUUGCAACGUAUUGGUUUGAAAUUUGGGUACAAGUUUUAUUUUCAGGCUGGUAAACCCACCGUUGGAGGCUGGGGUGAGGCUCGGCAAGCUGGGGGUGUUGGCUUGUUCGUCAAAGCCACUUUUCCUCAAAGACCUGCCUUCGCGCUUGCUGGUGAAUUUAGCCAAUGUUUGGGUGUGUGGAUUGACGAUUGGCUGUUGGCUUGUGCUUAUUGUCCGCCUGAUCAGUCCCAGGCUUCUUCUUUGGAGUUGGCUUCUUUGCUGCUUGAUGCGUUUGUCAGCUGUGAAGUUGUUGUUACUCAACCUUGGUUGAUUUGCGGUGAUUUCAAUGCCUUGGUCGGUGGGAGCACGGUUGACACCUGCAUGUGUUGCUUUGGCGGCGUUCCGGUGUCGGUCAAUCAACCCACUCGCUGGCAGGGGAACCGUUGCGUGGAUUGGAUGAUGACCAAUCGGCCCAGGGCGGUCUCCUUUUGGGAAAGGGCUGUUGCGUCUGCGUGGGCUGAUGACCCUGACGUUCCGCCGCUGGUUGCUUAUCUUGAGAAUGGUGCGCUUGGCUCGGUCCAAGAAGAGUGGGAUAGGUUUCAGCAUGUGCUCACGCAGGUGUUGCUCCGUGCUUGCUUUAACUUGAGUCAGAACGGUUUGCUUGAUAUCGGUACGCGUGAUGCUUGUUUUCGUGCGGCCACUCAGCGGCCUUAUAAAGGUCGAAUUGGGCAACAUGUCUCCUUGUCCAGUGCUCAAGCUGGGGUGCGGCAUGAUGUUGGGAACCUUGCUGUGCGGAAGAUGCGACGUUGGCUUGCUCGUUGCUACGAAUACAAGCGCUUGUUAUGUCGGUCCUUUGAACAUACUUUGUCUUCGGCUCAGGAGGCUGAAUUGUGUGGAUUGCGUCAUCGCUUGCAGGCUCGUUUCGGUCAACAGCUUGGGUUGCCCGAUGUCCUUGGGCACAUUGCUUCUUUGCGUGAGCAGCUCGCUGGCUAUGAGCAAAACAUGUCUUCCCGUCGUCUUGGCGAUUGGAGGGAUCGGCUUGUGAGGUCGGACGCUGCUUUGUCGCGUUGGUUAAAUAGCAAGAUCAACCCCGUUGGUGUUGCUGUGGCUGACCUUCAGGGCGGUGUUGCUGAGACUGAUGUUGAUGCGGCCAGAGUUAUCUUUGACUACUGGCGUGAUUUCUGGGAGCAGAAAAGUGCAGACCAGCCUAGCUUGCAAUCUCGCGUGAAUCGUAUGUGUGAUAGCAUCGAGGAACGUCAUGAUCCCGGUGACUGGAGGGCUCCUACUGGCCAAGAGUUGCGGGCUUUGGCUUGUGAUGGCAAAGGUGCUUGUGGGCCUGACGGCUGGACUGGUUGUGAAAUCGCUUGGUUGCCUCUUGUCGUUUUUGAUGUGUUUGCUCUCCUUGCUAAAAGAUGGUUGGCUUGUGGCGUGGUGCCUGAUCAGAUGUGCGAAAGUCGCAUGGUGUGUUUGCCUAAACCGGGUAAGUUGCGCCAUGGGAACGUUGUUUCUGUCCAGGAUACGCGCCCCAUCACGGUUCUUUCUACCUGGUGGCGGCUUUGGAGCAGUGCUUGGACCCGUGGUGUUGUCCGUGGUUGGAUGAGGUCGCACAUCCCCAGGGAUUUCGCUGUUGCUCAUGCUGUCUCCACCGGUGAGGUGGUGGGCGAUCCGAUGGGCCCGGUGAUCAUGACUAUUUGGGCGUGGCUUGGGUGGCUUUGGGUUGAACGACAUUCCAGCUGCCGCAGCUUCGCCACAUGGGCCGCCGCUGCAUCGCUGGGGCCUGGACUGGAAGCGCUUGGAAAAGCAAAGGAGUUCACCGGGAAUGGUCGAAAAUGCUGGGGCAAAAUGGCGGUUUGA